UCUCCCGUGUGUGACUCUGUCAUCUUCAUGCGGAGAAGACACAUGGAGCAUAUAAAAGCAUGUCCAAGGUAUUGGGAGGAUCAGUCAAACAUUUGGUUUCAGUUCAGAUUCAUCUGAGUAUUCCAAAGUUACUUCUUUAACAAAAAAAAAUAGCAAAAAUGUUCAAGUUGUUUGUGUUCUGUGUGCUGAUUGUGGCCAUCACUGCUGAUCACAUCGAUCGCGAUGCUCGCAUCCUUGAUCAGCGCAGUGACGUCAAUCCCGACGGAUCCUACCAGUACAGCUACCAAACAUCCAAUGGCAUUGCCGUCCAGGAGAAUGGCGUUGGUGGACACCUGUCACAGGGUGUAGCUCAGUGGUAUGCUCAGGAUGGUACCCCAAUCACCCUCCAAUGGCGCGCUGAUGAGAAUGGAUACCAACCAUCUGGUGAUCAUCUCCCAACACCCCCACCAGUGCCAGCUCAUGUUCUCCGUGCCCUCGAAUGGAUCCGUACUCACCCACAGAAGGAAGAACCCGUCAGGAGAUUCUUCUAAGCACCCUAACUUCUAUUUAUUUCCCUCUUCAACACUUCUGGCCACUUCUGCUGCAAAAUUACGUGAUCUACGCUCUCUCUCACUAGAGAUCCUUUCAUCUUUCCUAUUUGCACGUAUUAAGAGAUUGAGAUAUGUUAUCUCACCCAGAAAAGAAAAAAAACUCCAUGUCAACAGUUUAAACAAAAAGAGAUCUGUUUGGAAAUGAAAAAAAAAAACCAAAUCAAUUUCUAAAUACAAAUAAAGAAACUCUAAAAAACCAUAAAAA